CACAGAGAUACAUAUAUAUAAGCAUACUAUAAUGCUCAAAUAAAAACUCCAAGAUUAGGCGGCAGCGAAAGCGGCUUGUCGGCGGACCAAUGUUAGCGCCAGGUUGCAUGUUAUCUUGUGUUUCUGCAUUGUCUUGUGAUUUGUGGAUCGCUUUGAAAUACUUUUUUCCAUUAGGAUGAUCUAUGAUAGUGAUGUUGUGGGAGGACAGAUCCGUGCUUACAGAAUAAGCAUUAGCGGUACCAAGAUAAUGGUGAUGAUGCUGGCACUCAAUCACUCAUUAUGGUGUGUGCAAGUUUCUCGAGAGUCAACGGUCUUCUAACCAUGCCCACCAGGUCUGUUCCUGAAUUUAGGAAAGCACGACAACAGAGAGAGCCUCAAGUAGGAAACAGAGGGAAGGGGGAGCGCUUUAAAUCCAAUCAAAAUUUCAAUGACCAAGCAACUUUGUCGGAGAAAGCCUGGUUGCACAUUUACUUUUUAGUAACCUUUCGGGGUACCCAAAAUCAUCUUUUUUUCUUCUUGACCCCACACCAAACCUUUUUCUUUCUUUCUUUUUCUUUUCGCGUACGUGCAAAUCCCGCAAUGUCCACCGAGCAAGCUAUUCCCGAGCAAAAGGUUGCUGUUGAGGCCCCCAAAGCUUCUACUACUGCUGCCACUUCUUCGACCGCCUCCUCCGUAAAGUCGUUCUUGGCCGGUGGUUUCGGUGGUAUGGCCGCUGUUUUGGUCGGCCAACCUUUCGAUUUGGUCAAGGUCCGCCUUCAGACUUCGGAAGGCAUCUACAAGAACACAUUCGACUGUUUCAAGCAGAUCAUCAAGGGCGACGGUGUUCUUGGCUUGUACCGUGGUAUGGCCACACCUCUUGCCAGUAUCACGCCCAUUUUUGCUGUCAGCUUCUUCUCAUAUGAUUUGGGCAAAAAGAUGGCAUUGGCUGCCAGACGCGACGGCGACUCGAGCCGCCCUAUGACUCUCGCAGAAACGACGUUUGCCGGUGCCUUCUCGGCCGUGCCCACAACCUUGGUGAUGGCACCUUCUGAACGUAUCAAGGUGCUGAUGCAGAUCCAGGGACAGGGCGGUGAGCAAAAGUACAAGGGCCCAAUGGACGCUGUUCGACAGCUGUACAAGGAAGGCGGUAUCCGCUCGAUCUUCCGAGGCACUGGCGCUACAUUGUUGCGCGAUUCGCCUGGUUCGGCUGCCUACUUUGUUGCCUACGAACUGAUCAAGAAGAGCAUGACGCCCAAGGAUGGGGGUGAUCUGCAAUUUGGUGCAGUCCUGUUUGCGGGUGGUAUGGCGGGUGUGGCCAUGUGGAGCAUUGCCAUUCCGCCGGAUGUGAUCAAGUCGCGCAUCCAGUCGGCACCCGCAGGCACGUACACGGGCAUGAUGGAUUGCUUGCAAAAGACGGUCAAGGCAGACGGCGCGUCUGCGCUGUUCAGAGGCCUUGGCCCGGCAAUGCUCAGAGCGUUCCCGGCCAAUGCCGCGACGUUCUUGGGCGUGGAGUACUCGCGCAAGGUGCUCGACGCUAUGUUUUAGAGCGCGCGCGUGGGAAAAGAGAUUGUAUAUAUUUGAUAUUCCUCCCGGCUUUCUCCCUCUGAUACGCUCUGAUAUACACACUGCCACGCAUAUACACCCCCUCUUAUGGAGAUUUUAGAGUGGCCACACACACACACACACACACACCCUUUACUACCUUAUAUCUCCCUCCACCCACCCUUUGUUCCGUCCACUAGAGCAUGUACAUUUACUACAACCCACAACAAGAAUAAAAAAAAAAAAGUUGGAUCGUAACCUAAAAUGCCUGUUUCUCCC